CGGCACACUUGGUGUUCGGUAUGGUAUUUGGCUUUGGUCUGGUACAAUGGCUGGUUCGGCACCGCUACAGUUCGUUGAGUUUGAAACUAUUAUCCUUGCAACGAGCUUUCAGCGCACUCCACUGAUGCAGCUGUUCCCUAUUCUUGAGGCUUUACCCAAGGAGGUUUUCAGUGGGAUACCGAUCAUCCUCAAUGCAAGCUUAGGGAAUACGUUUGGGACUGUGAUUAAGAGUCUACCAGGACUGCGAUCACCACUGGAUCAGGCUCUUGAUCCUCGUAAACAAAUUUCAGAGUUGCUUGGAGUGAUGUCGCAUCUCAAUGACAAACAAGUGAGAAUGAGAGGAGAGGAAGAAAAUGUAGAAUCAAUAGAAAAAGAACGGCAGCAGAUGUUUAGCCGUCGUCAUCAACUGCUCACUGAACUGCACGGCGCAGGGCCAGAUGCUGAGUGGCAUGUUUGCAGCCAGUUCGGUCUGCGUGCUGCAGAAGACGAACUCUCAAGGGCUGGAACUGCCAUUCAGCUCCUGGAAACCGGCGAGCGAGUGCAACAGAUAAUUGACCGGGGACGAAUGGCCCUCGAUCAAUUUGCCGUUGAGCAGUUGAAGGAGAUAGCCGGUACAGAGGCCAAAGAAGAAGAGAAAGGAGAAGCAAAUGAGAGGAGAGAAGAACCCGAAUUAACAGAAGAGAUAAUGGGCGACACCAUCAAACAGCUGCAAGUUGAGUUAGACGCAAAAUUGAAGAAGGAAGUAGUACCAGAGGCAGAGAAGAGAACAAGAGCAACAGGCAAGAAAAGUAGAAGAAAUUAAACAAAAAUUUCACAUUGCGGAAUCAGAAACUGACCUGGCGUCUGUCUUGCAGUAUGAUGGCUUACCUAGCGCACCUAGAAAUCAAGAUUGACCACGUCA